CUCCUAAAGCUCGCAAGAACACAAAAACAGCCUGUAGGUGGUCCCUAGGAUUUCCAUCAGAGUGGCAAGUGUCACCUGAGAGAGCUUGACAGUAUUAAAGUGACGUUGCUGCUUGCAUUUCAAAGAUUUGCUGAAUUCAAACUAGAACGACUGGGGAACAAAAUAUAGGUAAUGAUACCUUUGAAAAGCUGUAUACACAGGUGUUAAAAUAUAGGUUAUCAUGGACUGCACAAAGGUGAACGUGUUCUCUUUGAUCCUGGCUACUGUGGUUCUAACAGUCUUGUUCUUGCCUGACAUGCUGGAGGCUAACGUGCUGCGCCAGCUCUUUAAAAGAGAUGUUGAGGAACAGAAAGUUACUGUGGAGCCCAAAGAAGCAACAAACUUCUUGAGCAAAUUGAUACGCUCUAAACGACACACAAAAAAGUCUCAACAACACCCUGAUUUCUGGAAUGCAUACCAGCAUUUUAUUGAUAUUGGAUUUAAUGAAGGAGUGCAUGAAAUGGACAAGGUUUAUCUACAAUAUCUUCAGGACAGGAGCAGAGAUCAGUCCCGUCAUGCAUAUCAAGCAUAUCUGCAGCGUUUGCGAGAAGAGGACUGUGACACAACAAAAGAUCCAGAUUGUCAGCCAACUGUUCCCCACAAACAAGCAGCAUAUACUCAGAAGCAGUGUGACCCACACAGAGACCCAUACUGCAGAACUGAAGCAUAUUCCUGUGAUCCACAGAAAGAUCCAUACUGCAGGACAGCUGCAUAUUCCUGUGAUCCACACAAAGAUCCAUACUGCAGGACAGCUGCAUAUUCCUGUGAUCCACAGAAAGAUCCAUACUGCAGGACAGCUGCAUAUUCCUGUGAUCCACAGAAAGAUCCAUACUGCAGAGCAACUGCAUAUUCCUGUAAUCCACAGAAAGACCCUUAUUGCCGAGCAGAAGCAUAUUCCUGUGAUCCACAGAAAGAUCCAUAUUGCAGAGCAACUGCAUAUUCCUGUAAUCCACAAAAAGACCCUUAUUGCAGAGCAGAAGCAUAUUCCUGUGAUCCACAAAAAGAUCCAUAUUGUAGAACUGAAAAGUACCCCUGUGAUCCGCAGAAAGACCCUUAUUGCAGAGCAGAAGCAUAUUCCUGUGAUCCACAGAAAGAUCCAUAUUGUAGAACUGAAAAGUACCCCUGCGAUCCGCAGAAAGACCCUUAUUGCAGAACAGAAGCAUACCCCUGUGAUCCACAGAAAGAUCCAUAUUGUGGAACAGCAGCAGGAUACUCUUGUGAUCCACAGAAAGACCCUUAUUGCAGAGCAGAAGCAUACCCCUGUGAUCCACAGAAAGAUCCAUACUGUAGAACUGAAAAGUACCCCUGUGACCCAUAUAAAGACCCCGACUGCAGAUACCAGGUUCAAUCAUGUGACCCCUAUAAAGAUCGCAACUGCAGCCCUGAUUCAUAUUAUAAGCACUCAUCAUCAGCGUAUGCCUGUGAUCCCCGUACUGAUGCAAAGUGUAAUCAACAACCUUAUACUUAUGCACAAUAUGCUGAGUUAGUAAACCAGUAUUGUAAUCCAUAUGAUCCAAACAAUCCACACUGUCAAGUGCUGGUUGCCUAUUUAAAACAAUCAUGUGAUCCAUAUUCAGACCCUAACUGCUUUCCAAGAACAAAGAAAGAAGUGCAUUCCACAUACUCUGCCUGUGACACUGCAAAGGAUCCAUACUGCCGCUCCACCUUGGCUGCAUAUAAGAACCCAUAUGACUGUGACCCAUACUAUGAUCACAACUGUCAAUUGGCAUAUCACCCUAAAGAUGAGCCGGCACCAGAUUCUGAAUGUGACCCCAGGUAUGACCCUUACUGCAGAUCUGAUAGGUCCGUACAUGGUGGUAGAAGUGAAUUUAAAUGUGAUCCCUAUCGUGAUCCCAACUGUAGACGAAACGUAAAAUCCCUUGACCAAGCUAUCCCAGAUCGUGACUGUGAUCCUGAGUAUGAUCGUAGCUGUCGGAGGCCCCAAUCCAUGUACAAAGGUAAAACAAAGGAAGGUUACGAUUGUGACCUCUAUUACCACCCAGAUUGUUAUCCCGUUCAUGAAUCUCAGACAGAUGAUAACUGUGACCCCUAUGAUCCCAGCUGUCAUAGAAAUGAAGCACAUAAUCCUGUACCUGAAAAUGACAGAAACUGUGAUCCAGAACAUGACCCUUAUUGUUACAGAAGAAGAGCAACAAACAAUUGUGAUCCAUACACUGAUCCCGAAUGUUAUUCCCGAUAUCUAGCUAGGGAACAAGAGAGAACACGUUUAGAGAAUUGUGAUCCAUACACUGAUUCCGAAUGUUACUCCCGAUAUCUAGCUAGGCAACAAGAGAGAUCAUCUUCAGAGAACUGUGAUCCAUACACUGAUCCCGAAUGUUACUCCCGAUAUCGAGCUAGGGAACAAGAGAGAACAUCUUCAGAAGACUGUGAUCCAUACACUGAUCCCGAGUGUUAUUCCCGAUAUCGAGCUAGGGAACAAGAGAGAACACCUUCAGAGGAUUGUGAUCCACACACUGAUCCUGAAUGUUAUUCCCGAUAUCAAGCUAGGGAACAAGACAGAACACCUUCAGAGCCUUGUGAUCCAUACACUGAUCCGGAAUGUUAUUCCCGAUAUCGAGCUAGGGAACAAGACAGAACACCUUCAGAGCCUUGUGAUCCAUACACUGAUCCCGAAUGUUAUUCCCGAUAUCAAGCUAGGGAACAAGACAGGACACCUUCAGAGGCUUGUGAUCCAUACACUGAUCCGGAAUGUUAUUCCCGAUAUCGAGCUAGGGAACAAGAGAGAACACCUUCAGAGGACUGUGAUCCACACACUGAUCCCGAAUGUUAUUCCCGAUAUCGAGCUAGGGAACAAGAGAGAACAUCUUCAGAGGACUGUGAUCCACACACUGAUCCCGAAUGUUAUUCCCGAUAUCGAGCUAGGGAACAAGAGAGAACACCUUCAGAGGACUGUGAUCCACACACUGAUCCUGAGUGUUAUUCCCGAUAUCUAGCUAGGGAACAACGCAGAACACUUUCAGAGGACUGUGAUCCGCACACUGAUCCCGAAUGUUACUCCCGAUACCUAGCUAGGGAACAAGAGAGAACACGUUCAGAGAAUUGUGAUCCACACAUUGAUCCUGAAUGUUAUUCCCGAUAUCGAGCUAGGGAACAACAAAGAACACCUUCAGAGGUUUGUGAUCCAUACGCUGAUCCUGAGUGUUAUUCCCGAUAUCGAGCUAGGGAACAAGAGAGAACGCCUUCAGAGGACUGUGAUCCACACACAGAUGCUGAGUGUUAUUCCCGCUAUCUAGCUAGGGAACAACACAGAACACUUUCAGAGAACUGUGAUCCGCACACUGAACCCGAAUGUUACUCCCGAUACCUAGCUAGGGAACAAGAGAGAACACGUUUAGAGAAUUGUGAUCCACACACCGAUCCCGAAUGUUAUUCCCGAUAUCGAGCUAGGGAACAAGAGAGAACACCUUCAGAGGAUUGUGAUCCAUACACUGAUCCCGAGUGUUACUCCCGAUAUCGAGCUAGAGAACAAGAGAGAACACCUUCAGAGAAUUGUGAUCCGUACACUGAUCCAGAAUGUUAUUCCCGAUAUCGAGCGAGAGAACAAGAGAGCACAGCUUCAGAGAAUUGUGAUCCACACACUGAUCCCGAAUGUUACUCCCGAUAUCAAGCUGGUGAACGGGAGAGAACACCCUCAGAGAAUUGUGAUCCAUACACUGAUCCUGAAUGUUAUUCCCAAUAUCGAGCUAGAGAACAAGAGGGUACAGCCUCAGAGGAUUGUGAUCCAUACACUAAUCCCGAAUGUUAUUCCCGAUAUCAAGCUAGGGAACAACAGCGAACAACCUCAGAGAACUGUGAUCUGUACACUGAUCCUGAGUGUUAUUAUUCCCAAUAUCGAGCUAGACAGCAAGAAAGAACAGCAACAGAGAACUGUGAUCCUAAUGUUGACCCCUACUGUGACAGAUCACAAUCCCAGAUUAAUGAGCAAGUGCAGAACAGAGGAGCCACAGAAGAUUGUGACCCACGUUAUGAUUCAAACUGUCAAAAGCAGUUGGAAUUUGAGUGUAACCCUGAUAAUGACCCUAACUGUGGCAAUGAAUUCUCCCAGAUCAAUGAACAAACACAUGCAAAAGUAUGUGAUCCAUAUGACCCUUACUGCAGUGGAAUGUCAACAGACUCUCGUCAGUCAGAACACAGUUGUAACCCUGACUACGAUCCAGACUGUCAUACUGCUCAAUCUCAUGAUGAUGACAAAAAACACAAAGAAGAUUGUGACCCAUACUAUGAUUCCGAUUGUCGCAAUGAAAACGAGGAAAUGUAUGAGCCAGAUUCUGACUGUGACUUUGAAUGUCGCAUGCAACAAUUUGCUGUUACUGAUAGAGAUGUGGAUUUCCGUGAUACCAGCCGUUAUGAAAUAAUUUGUGAUCCAGACCUUGAAUCUCCAUGUCCUUAUGAAAAUGAUAUUAAUGAUGUGACAACAUCUUAUGAUCAGUAUCACAUGUAUAACCCUUACAGUGCAGGGUAUGAGGAACAAUAUCAAAGUGAUCAAGAGAUUCAUCAUAUACCUAAAACUGAAGAUGAUUCUCAAGGAAAUCCCAAAGUGUCUGAAGAGGAUAAUUAAAUCUGCUCGACUCUUUUACCCUCAGUUCGGGAAAGGGAGUCGUGAUGACUGUAUUCUUAUUGUAUGCCUUUGAAUAAUACAAAAUUGAAGAGAUGUGGAUCGAAAAUAUUGAUCUGAUUAUAUAAAUAAAAGAACACAUUUCCUACUAAUUUGUGUCUCUACCCACUGUUUUUAACAAGAAUUCUGAAUGCAACAGACUUCAACAAGAUUAUUUUAGACAAUGUACUAUGGCAUCAAAUAU